GACGUGGAUCCUCAUUGUAUUCAUGGAGUACUGCUUCUGGUUGAAAGAGAUCUGACGUUUCGGAUGGAGAAGCCACCAGCAGGACAGUUUGAACUUCUCACCUCCAUGAAAUCCCUCCAUAAGCACAUAGACAGCUCACAGCUGCCUCUAGAACUGGAUGGGACCUUCCCUUAUUGCCACCGGGACUGGUUAAGCUUCCGCAUGAAGCUGGAACACUUGCUACAAGGAUGCCAGGGUGCUUGUGCCUUCCUCCAGGGAGCCAUUCAUAAAGUGGAAUCUGGAAGACUACCAGAAAGAGCAGAGGAGGCGGCUGUGCUGCUGAGGAGCUACAGGCAGUUGAUGAAGAAUGUUCUUGAAGACGCACGUCUGGUCAGGCUGCAGCUGGAGGGUGGAGCGCUCCUGGCCAGGCUGAGGAAGGAGGAGUCUUGUGUCACCCUCACCCAUGACUACAGAGACGCACUCGAUGCUGCUGGCGUGCUGUAUAAUCGAGUCGAUGAGGGCGUUCACCGACUGGUGAUGCUGUCCAACAAACGCAUCCAGGAACUGGAGCUGGUGAUGGACUUUGAGAAAGUGGAAGAGUGUUUUAAGGAGGUCAGCAGUUGGAUUGAGAAUGUUGGCAGAAAACGGCUGAAGGAAACAAUCAACCUGGACGAUUCUUUGGAGAUGCUGCUUCAAGCACAAAAGCAGUUCAGGGAGUUUGAUCUUAUUGCCAGUGAAUAUUGCAGAAGGGGGCAGGAAGCACUAAAGAAGAUGGAUCGAUGGGAAGACUUUUCCUCAGUGGAUGUACAUUCGUACAGGGUGAAGCUGCAGACCUACAGAGAUCAACUGGAAGAGUUCUGCACUCAGCUGGAUGAAAACAGGCAUCGGAUCUGUGAGACCGUCCGGCUGUAUGAAUUCUUUGACAAGGCAUACGAGUGGGCCUUGGAAGGGAUGCGACACCUUGCCUGCAUCAGCAUGGAGGACUGCAGCUCCGCCGAGCACUGCACGGGUGUGAUUAAGUGCCUGGAGAGUUACAAGGGGCAGCACCCGGAUAUCAGCGAUGCCCGUUUCCAGGAGAUGAAGGAGCUGGCGUGUGAGCUGAAGAGUGACAAGGGACUCAAGCAGUGGAAAUUCGCGUGGUCCAAAUGCCAGGAGACCAAGCUGGUUUUUGAAAAGAAACUGGAAGCAGCCUUGAGAACAAGGAGGUCUCUGCUGUCCGACCGCAAACCAGCUGCGGGGGAGCAGCCCCGGGCGGGCAGCGAGGCUGGCGGUCUCUCUCAGCGCAGGCACUCCGAGGGGGCCAGGUGGGCUAAGGAGAAGGCUCCCUCACACUCCCUGAGCUGCCCCGGCGAUGUCAGUGCUGGGGAAGAACUCGCCUGCCAAGCUGCUCUCAGCCCUGCUUCUCACUCCAGCAGAGUUUCCUUUGCCAGUGCGGCCUCCAAGUCUCCAAAGCUGCCUGAAGAAAAGCCAAACCUGGAGAGCAUACUAGAAACCUUGGAGGUGAAGCCAUCCUGCACCUCCACUCCGGCCUCUGGGAAGCCGCCUCCCAGGAGGAUGCUCCGCAAGGCCCAAAGCUUUGACCUCCCUUGCGGUGAGAGCCUGUGGUCAGGCUGCCAGAGGACACUGAGCGAGCCGGCCAGGUACGGCAACACCGGCGUCUUUAUUAAGGGGCUGGAGGUGAGCAGUACUGAGUUGGUGGACAGGACUUUUGCGCUGCGGCAGCAACCGGCUCACACCUGGGCUGCAGACUGUCUGCUGGAGGGCCAGAGGGGCUGCCUCUCCGUGUCAGACGCCAAGAGCUGGGGCAGCAAGCUGCGGCACAUCAUUGAUGAGAUGGUAACCACGGAGCGGGAAUAUGUGAGGUCACUUUGCUACAUCAUCGAUAGCUACUUCCCUGAGAUGGAGCGCCUCGACCUCCCCCAGGACCUGCGUGGGAAGCGCAGCGUCAUUUUUGGGAACCUGGAAAAACUCUAUGACUUCCACAGCCAGUAUUUCCUGCGAGAGCUCGAGAGCUGCUGCAACCACCCGCUGCGGGUCAGCCACUGCUUCCUCCGACACAAAGACCAGUUUGGGAUGUAUGCAUUGUACAGCAAGAACAAGCCAAAGUCAGACUCGCUGCUGGCCAGCCACGGGAAUACCUUCUUCAAGCUCAAGCAGGUGCAGCUUGGGGAUAAGAUGGACCUGGCCUCCUACCUGCUGAAACCCAUCCAGCGGAUGAGCAAAUACGCCCUGCUCCUGAAAGACCUGAUCAAGGAGUGCAGCGAGGCACAGGAGCAGGAGCUGGGCUACCUCCGUGCGGCUGAGGAGAUGGUGAAGUUCCAGCUCCGGCAUGGAAAUGACCUGCUGGCCAUGGAUGCCAUCCGCGACUGUGACGUGAACCUGAAGGAGCAGGGGCAGCUGGUGCGGCAGGACGAGUUCACCAUCUGGCUGGGCCGUAGGAAGUGCCAGCGACACGUCUUCCUCUUUGAGGACCUGAUCCUGUUCAGCAAGCCCAAGAGGAUCGAGGGUGGCUUUGAUGUGUAUAUCUACAAGCGCUCCUUCAAGACUGCAGACAUCGGUCUGACGGAGAACUCUGGUGACAGUGGCCUGCGCUUCGAGAUCUGGUUCCGAAGGCGGAAGUCCAGCGACACCUACAUCCUCCAGGCCAGCUCAGCCGAGACUAAGCAGGCCUGGACCAGUGACAUUGCCAAGAUCCUGUGGCAGCAGGCAGCCCGCAAUAAAGAAAUCCGUAUGCAGGAGAUGGUCUCCAUGGGUGUGGGCAACAAGCCCUUCCUGGAUAUCAAACCCAGCGAGGCAGCUAUCAAUGACCGUGCUAUUGAUUACAUCAUGAAAGGCCGAGGUGCCAGGACCAGAGCAUCAAUCGCGGUGUCUCUCUUUGACCAUUCCAACCCGUACAAGAGGACGCAGACGCAGCUCUCCGCGGGCAGCAGCCCUGCUGCGUACAGCCCUUCCUCCUCCUCCUUGCUGGGGCCCCUCAACCUCCACAUGUACCUGGACCAGACGCUGCUGCCGGGCGUCCUGGCCCCCAGCCGCCCCUUUGACAUCGGCACCUGCAUCGAGGAAGAUGAGCUGGAGCACGAGACGAGCAGCCAGCCAUCGCUGACAACAGAGAGCUCGGAAUCAUCGCACUGCAUGUCGGGCAGUGGCUCCAGCGGCUCCGACAGCGGCUGUGUCUCCAGCAUCCCGCAAGAAAGCUUCUGCGAAGACCUGGGCUCCCCCCACUACGUGCCCCUGGGCUCCCAGCACCGCUCUGCCGUGGAGGAGAAGCCCCGGUUCGCAAACAGCCAGUACAUUUCCGCAACAGACAAACUGACAGCGGCCCAAACCUUCAUCCCCAUUUCUCUGGCGCGCUUCAUCGGCGGUAUAAAGGUCACAGGAGCGAUAAAAAACGACCAGCUGAGUUCCCAGGUGGAAUUUCUAAGACUGGAAGUGGAACAACUUUCCAGACUUCAGGAGCCUGGGGGUCUCUUUCAGGACAGCCAGAGGCAUGGGCUGCUGCAGACGUACACAUACGACAAGGUGCCCGACCCUCCGGGCUACAAGCUGCUCUCUGAAUCUUGCCUGAGCACGAUUUACCGCCAGGAAAGAAUCCACGUCCUUGAGGAACAGGCUGCUCAGUUGUCAUUGGUGUCUCUGGCCAAACCACUCAUCCCAGAGAAAAAUGACCUCUCGGAGGAGCCAGGUCCCGAGUCCCAGGUGCACCGCUCGCUGCCAACGUGUGAAAUGCUUCAUUCGGACCGAGAUACCGGACCCGGCGGUGCCAACCAGCCUGGCCGGGGUGGCCUGGCCAUCACUAUCCUCACCACCCAGCCCUGUCCCCAGGCGCAGGAGCUGCCUCCUUGGGAACAAGGAGAAGGUCGGAAGGGCAAAGUCCUGC